AAGUCUGGGCAAGAGAAUCGAAACAGAAAUUAAAGUCAAGCAAACAGAAAGCGCGGCCGGUCAGAAGACAGAACUCAGAGCGUUCUGCCUGCGCACCGCGCGAUCCCGAGUCCGGGGUCCAGCCCGCCCGCGCGCGCGCCCCUCGCCACCUGCGCACCUGGCACCUGCACACCUGCCCAGGUGAGACCCUGCUGGGCAAGGCCUGGGAGCCCCGCGGGACGCCCGUCGUGAGACACGCUGCUGGGGACCUGUGAUUCUCGGCAGCCAGCAGACUGAGCCCCAACUGUGUCACCCGUGGAGCUUACAGUUGGGACGACCCGCUCGCUCCUCUGGGAACCAGAGAUGUCGAACGCGUAUUCCACGGAUAAGUGCUUCCGCUAUCUCCUCUCGUGCUUCAGGACGCGAGUGAAAAUGUACAUCCAGGUAGAGCCCGUGCUGGACUAUCUGACCUUCCUGCCUAGGGAUGUGAAGGAGCAGAUUAUGAGGACGGCGAACACCUCUGGGAACAUGAAGGCAGUAGAACUGCUUCUGAACACCUUGGAGCAGGAGCAGGGCUGGGCCCCCGGUUGGACCCGGGAGUUCGUGGAUGCCCUCCAGAGAGCAGGCAGCGCCCUGGCCGCCCGCUACGUGAACCCGGAUCUCACUGACUUGCCCUCCCCGUCCUUUGAGACUACUCAAGAUGAAUGUCUCCAGCUGCUGACCUUGCUUCAGCCCACUCUGGUGGACAAGCUUCUGGUUAGAGACGUCCUGGAUAAAUGCACGGAGGUGGAUCUGUUGACCAUUGAAGACCGAAAUAGGAUUUCUGCUGCAGAAAACAAUGGGAAUGAAUCAGGUGUGAGAGAACUACUGCAAAGGAUUGUACAGAAAGAAAACUGGUUUUCUACAUUUCUGAAUAUUCUCCAUCAAACAGGAAACAGCGCCCUUGCCCGAGACUUAACAGGUGUUGAUCACUCUGAAAGCAAUGCAGAGAUUGAGAAUUUGCUAUAUGAAGAUGGUCCUGACAUUAAUGAAUCACUUUGUUCAGCCAAAGAGCAGCCAAAUCUGGAGAAAAAGGAGUGGGACGUGGAGAAUAAUUUGUCAGAGUCGUCAUUUGCAGAUUCUUCUGUAGUUUCAGAAUCAGACACAAGUUUGGCAGAAGGAAGUGUCAGCUGCUUAGAUGAAAGUCUUGGACAUAACAGCAACAUGGGCAGUGAUUCAGGCACCAUGGGAAGUGAUUCAGAUGAAGAGAAUGUGGCAAAAAGAGCAUCUCCUGAGCCAGAACUAAAGCUCAGGUCUUACCAAAUGGAAGUUGCCCAGCCAGCUUUGGAAGGAAAAAAUAUCAUCAUAUGCCUUCCUACAGGCAGCGGGAAAACCCGAGUAGCCGUUUACAUUGCCAAGGAUCACUUGGAUAAAAAGGGACAAGCAUCUGAGCCUGGAAAAGUUAUCGUGCUUGUCAAUAAGGUGAUGUUAGUUGAACAGCUCUUCACUAAAGAGUUCAAACCAUUUUUGAAGAAAUGGUAUCGUGUUACUGGAUUAAGUGGUGACACUCAGCUGAAAAUAUCAUUUCCAGAAGUUGUCAAAUCCCAUGAUGUUAUUAUCAGUACAGCUCAAAUCCUUGAAAACUCCCUCUUAAAUUCAGAAAGUGGAGAAGAUGCCGGUGUCCAGCUAUCAGAUUUUUCCCUCAUUAUCAUUGAUGAAUGUCAUCACACCAACAAAGAAGAUGUCUAUAACAACAUCAUGAGGCGUUAUCUGAAACAGAAGUUGAAAAAUAAGGCACUUCAGAAAGAAAACAAAUCAGUGGUUCCCCUGCCUCAGAUAUUAGGUCUAACAGCUUCACCUGGUGUUGGAGGCGCCACGAAGCAAGCCAAGGCUGAAGAACACAUUUUAAAAAUUUGUGCCAAUCUUGAUGCAUCUACCAUUAAAACAGUGAAAGACUAUUAUAAUCAACUCAAAGACCAAAUAAAGGAGCCAUGUAAGAAGUUUGUGAUUGCAGAUGACACUAGAGAAGAUCCAUUUAAAGACAAACUACUAGAAAUAAUGUCAAGCAUUCAAGCUUACUGCCAAGUGAGUUCGAUGUCAGAUUUUGGAACUCAAAAUUAUGAGCAAUGGACCAUUCAAAUGGAAAAAAAAGCUUCUAGAGAAGGAGAUCGAAAAAUCCGUGUCUGUGCAGAACAUUUGAGGAAGUAUAAUGAGGCCCUACAAAUCAAUGACACAAUCCGAAUGAUUGAUGCAUACAAUCACCUUGAAACUUUCUAUCAUGAUGAGGCUGCAAAGAAGUUUGCAGUUCAGGAAGAUGACAGUGAUGAUGAUGGCUGUGAUGGUGAUAAAGAUAAGGACAAUACGAAGAGACUGGUGAAAGAAGAUAAAACAGAUAGAUUUCUCAUGACUUUAUUUUUUGAAAACAAAAAAAUGUUGAAAAAACUGGCUGAUAACCCAGAGCAUGAAAAUGAAAAGCUGAGCAAAUUGAGGAAUACCAUAUUGGAACAAUUUACAAGGACUGAGAAACCAACACGUGGAAUAAUUUUUACAAAAACUCGACAAAGUGCAUAUGCCCUUUCCCAGUGGAUUGCUGAAAAUGAAAAGUUUGCAGACGUAGGCAUCAAAGCCCACCAUCUGAUUGGAGCUGGGCACAGCAGCGAGUUCAAGCAUAUGACACAGAAUGAACAAAAAGAAGUCAUUAGUAAAUUUCGCACUGGAAAAAUAAAUCUGCUUAUCGCUACCACAGUGGCAGAAGAAGGUCUGGAUAUCAAGGAAUGUAAUAUUAUUAUCCGUUACAGUCUUGUCACUAAUGAAAUAGCAAUGGUUCAGGCCCGAGGUAGAGCCAGAGCUGAAGAGAGCACUUAUGUCCUGGUUGCCCACAGUGGUUCGGGAGUUGUUGAACGUGAGACAGUUAACGAUUUUCGAGAGAAGAUGAUGUAUAAAGCUAUCCAUCAUGUUCAGAAUAUGAACCCAGAGGAGUAUGCUCAGAAGAUUUUGGUAUUCCAGAUGCAAAACAUAAUGGAAAAUAAAAUGAAAACAAAGAGAAAUAAUGUAAAGCAUUUCAAGAACAACCCAUCAUCCAUAACUUUUCUCUGUAAAAACUGUCAAAUACUAGCCUGCUCAGGGGAAGAUAUUCAUGUAAUUGAGAGGAUGCAUCAUGUCAAUAUGACAAAAGAAUUCAAGCGACUCUAUGUUACAAGAGAAAACAAAGCACUGCAAAGUAAGUUCGCUGACUAUCAAACAAAUGGAGAGAUUAUCUGCAAAUGUGGCCAAGCUUGGGGAAUAAUGAUGGUGCACAAAGGCUUAGAUUUUCCUUGUCUCAAAAUAAAGAAUUUUGUAGUGGUUUUCAAAGAUAAUUCACAAAAGAAGCAAUACAAAAAGUGGGUUGAAUUACCUAUCACAUUUCCUGAGCUUGACUACUCAGAAUAUUGUACCUUUAGUGAUGAAGAUUAGCAUCUGAGUCAAGUUUUUCUUGGAAUAUUUUCAAUUUAACAUUUAAUUUUACCUUGAGAAAUAUUUAUACUAAAGAACUGGUGUGGAAUUAAUAAACUUUAUAUUGAGCACUUUAAAGGAGCACUUUAAUUUUGCUUUCAAUUAUCCAUCUUAUUAACUAACAGAGGAAAAAACCUAUCAAAAAUAAUCAUCAGUGUUGAGCAUUACAGUACUACGGAAGGAGAACUGACAUUUCUAAGUUCAUUGAAAUUACUGCUAGAAGUUGUUGCCUUGCAGAUGUCUGACCAAGAUUUCUAUUUUUCUUGCUGAAUGUGCACAGGGAAUUGUUCUCAGCUCUUAGGAAUGCCAUUACUAUGUAACUUUCUGGAGGUCUUUUCCCAGUGUAGACAUUUGUUUCUUUCCAGGCAGCAGGAAAACUCUCAAGCCUGCUAAGAUGGAGUCUUUCAUAGAACUUAACUUUGAUAAUAGGACAAACUAUUUUAUCAUACCCGUAUUACCUGCAAAGAAUCAAGGCAAGGGAGACUUCAAGGCAUCAGACCUCAGGCCGGAAUCUUGGGGCCGUCUUAGAAUUCUGGCACCAUGCCAUUUGUCCAGUGGUACAAAUAUAUCCAGAGGAAAGCAGUUUGAUAAACAUGAAGCACCAUAAAAACACAGUGUUUGGAGGAACCAGCAUCAAAUAGUUUAGGGCUUACUUCCUCAGUCCUCUUCUCUACAGACAUAACUACCUAACAAUAAAGUCGUGAUUAAAUUCAGACAAUACUGCCUGUGGGAUUAUCUGUGGGGAGAGCGGUUCCUCUUUUUGUGUAAUGUUCUCAUGAUUUCUCAAGAAAGAAAUACUGAAGAAUAAAAAGAAAAUGUCUGAUUCUAUCUGUGAUUUCUGAGAAUAGAAGAAUUUCUGCGAGCAAUGACACUUUCAGUGUUUCUGAAUAAAGAACUAUUGUUUGAAGAUGGAUGUAGCACCAGCAGUUAUAAGAUGGAUAUGGGGAAUGCCACAGGAUGUUCUCCUGGUGGAAAAGGAGCCUCUUUUAUCAGGAAAGUGUCACAGUAUUGAGAAAGAAACUAUGGUUGCCAUUUUAACUGAUACUUACAAAAUUUCACAGUUGCCUUGUACCACAGAAACAGUUACCUCCUGUGACCAAGAAGAAAGAUGUUGGAGGAAAAAAUACUUUGUAAUCUAAUGGAUUAAUUGAAUUCAGUAUCAUAAUAGUUUUGAAUCUUUUCUUCAACUUAGCAAAAAUAAAUAUUAUCCAGUGAGGGCUCUUGGUUAGAAAGAGGGCAAAAGAUAAUUGUGGUUUUCUUAAAAUAUUUAGAAAAUCCCAGCUGAUUCCAUUUAAAUUAUUGCUGUCCCCUAGAAUGUUGUGGAAAAUAUGCAGGAAACCAAAUGCAAAAAAUAGCUCAAUGUACUACUCUAACAUAUGUGGACUGUUUUUGAGGUAUCAACAAAUAUCAGGUUUUUCAUCUAUGUUUUCUAUUAACUCUUUCCAAUAAAAAGCUGUUUCUAAUUUAA